AUGGCUAGUGCAGUGGUUGGAAAGUACGUUAGCUCUUUAUUUUUUUCUUUGAAACUCCACCAUGCAAUCCCAAGAAAUGUUUCGUCACCAAUCUUUGGUGCAAGAAUAUCACGAGGGUUGUUGAAUAGUAGUGGUGUUUGCAAUUCUCUCAAAUUUACACAGAUAAGAUCUAACCUGACAAGCGUUAACAACGACAAAAGCACCGAUGGGGGAAAUGAAACAAACGCAAACGUACACAAAGGUCCCAAGUUUGCUUCAGCUCCAGUAGGACCAUCAUCGAACUACACUAUCAAAAUUGCUAAAGUUCCAGAAGGCAAGACACAAAAAGAUUACCAAGAGGUUUACAAUGAUAUUGCUGCGAAAUUGGCGGCAUUCCCACAUUACGAUAAAGAUGACGGGUAUUAUGCUGUUUUGGUCCGUAUGGCUUUCCAUUUGAGCGGAACAUACUCCAAGGGAGACAACACGGGAGGCUCGUAUGGGGGUACAAUGAUAUUUCCGCCGGAGGAGAUGGAUUUCCAAAACAAUGGUUUGCAAAUUGCGAGGAGCUUUUUGGACCAAUUUCUUUACAAGUAUCCUUGGAUUUCAAGAGGCGAUUUAUGGACACUUGCUGGUGUUUGUGCUGUACAGGAAUGUGGCGGUCCAAAGGUUGAAUGGGCUCCUGGUAGAGUCAAUGACAAUAAGGGAGUAUUUGUCCCUCCCAACGGCAGGAUUCCCGAUGGAGGAGGGGACGGUGCUUACGUAAGAAAAACAUUUGCAAGAAUGGGACUUGGCGAUAGGGAAACUGUUGCACUAAUUGGAGCGCACGUGUUGGGACGGUGCCAUGUUCACAAUACCGGAUACGAUGGUCCAUGGGGCGAUGACGUUAACAGGUUCACUAAUGAUUUUUUCCAGAGAUUGCUUCAGAAAUGGCACAUCAAGAAUUGGUCCGGUAGAAAGCAGUAUGAAGACGAUGAGACCAAUCAGUACAUGAUGUUGCCUACAGAUAUGUCAUUAAAAACCAAUGACUAUUUCAGGAAAUAUGUAGAAUUAUAUGCAAAGGAUAAAAAGGCUUGGUUUGAUGAUUUUAGUGCAGCAUUUGCGAAAUUGCUCGCAUUGGGAAUCACAUAUCCAGAAGAUACCAAAGUCAUGGUUUUCCCCACUUUAGAGGAUCAAGCAGGAGAUCCAGAGAUUUGGACCGAUGAUUAG